CAAAGUCGUUUAGAUUGACGGCACGAAGGAUCGAGGUGCCUGGUACCGGAGAUGAGCCCCAGGGACAGUUUGAUAAGUUGCGCUCCUCCCACUUCUCUCCUUCACACGUCGUGUUUUUUUAAGAUCCUCUAGGCGAGCUCCUCAUCCGAACAAUUCAGCCUUAUAUUGCUUAAGAAUCUCCUUCACCACUGUCCUACGACUUUGAUCUCCCUUAUCAACAAGAUCUACUCACAUAUCGCAUCGCUACUACCGCCAAAAUGGCAUACCAAAAUUCGAGUCCUCAGAUCAUUACCGGCACCCAACCAGCCACAGACAGAUCACCGUUGUCCAAAUGGUGGGUCGUCGGUGUCUUCUGUUCCUCCGUCUUCUUCUUCGUCCUCGGCGGCGGCCUCCUCGGCGCCUGGAGCGCCAGCCUCUCCUGUUCCUACUACGACUACAUCUGCUACGGCGAUCUUGGUGAAUGGAAUGGAGGCAUCGCCUGCAUUGCCAUCGGCGCCAUCUUAAAGUUCGUGUUCUGGGUUCUCUUGAUCGUCUGGUGCGUUCAGCGCCGUCGUUCUCGCGCGCCAUCAACGGUCGUGUACGUCAACGCCCAGGCGAAUGCUGAAGCUGGCACUGUUCAAAAACCACAACCCGUAGCAAACGUGUAUAGUGUGCCACAGCGAGACUAUACAAUUCAGCCGGCACCUGAGUACGGUGUUGCGGCUGCGCAAGCGGGGGUUCCUACUGAGAAGCAGCUGGCGACGAGAUAUUGUGGCCAGUGUGGGUCCGGCACCACCACUCCAUUUUGCGCAAAGUGUGGAUCUCAAGUCCCGAUGUAAUCAACUGAUAGAUGGCUGAGCAUAAUGUUCCUUGUAUCCGGUUGUAGUGUUGGGGGAAGCGAUCUAUACUUCAUGGUUAUCUUCGUCGUUCAUGUUCGACAGUUAAUUUCCAGUCAUUACUGUACCACUGUAUUGUUGUCGGCGUGCCUCGGGAUAGCUCGGUGUAAGAAGUACGAGCCACAAUACAUAUUUUCACUGCCUCUGACACUCGUUUCGUGACUUUCUUUGAGGUACGGUAUAUCGCAGCAUUCGGAUCUAUUGUCACAAGGAUCAGUGGAGUUACAACGUAAAGCCGCAAAACUGGCACGGAUCGGUGGUUUGGUCGGAUAAUUGUCGAGGAAAUAAUGGCAGUGCUUGGAUGCACAGCUCUUCGGCGCUUAUAAUAAGAUGAGUUUUUGCACGAAAGAGGUAACAGCGA